AAGACAAUAGGGAAGAUGAGUAGUGGGGAUAACAUUCGUUCAUCGAUGAGAGCGCAACCGGGUCGUAGUGAGAGCUUUAGCCAACAGGCGCCGGCUCGAACUGUCACGUUGGGCCGGUUUCAACCUCAGGCGCCCGCUUACCGCACCAUCUACUGCAAUGGUCGCGACGCCAAUUUCGUCCAUCGAUACAGGGGGAAUUCCAUAUCAACUACCAAGUACAACUUUUUUACCUUUCUACCAAAGGGUCUUUAUGAACAGUUCAGGCGGGUUGCUAACUUGUACUUUCUUAUGGUAUCAAUUCUAUCCGCAACUCCAUAUAGGUAAGUUUUUUCUACCAUAUAAUUGAGUUUGUUGGCUUUUAUAAUUACAAAGAACUUUUCCUGGGUGCUGGAAUUGCCUCCUU